CUACAAUUCAAUUCGUGAUUAAGAUACUUCACUCUUAGGUUCUGCUUUAGCAAAUUGCACUAAUCUCUAAAAUUUGACACUUAGACUUUUUAAAAAUUAUAUUGGUGAUUAAGGUAUUUCAGGCUUAGGUUCUGCUUUAGCAAAUUGCACUAAUCUCUCAAAUUUGACAAUUGAUCUUACUAGAAAUUAAAUUGGUGAUUAAGGUACUUCAAACUUAGGUUCUGCUUUAGCAAAUUGCACUAAUCUCUCAAAUUUGGCACUUAAACUUUGUGAAAAUUAAAUUGGUGCAAGUGGUGCAUCAGGCUUAGGUUCUGCUUUAGCAAAUUGCACUAAUCUCUCAAAUUUGACGCUUGAACUUUUUUAAAAUUUAAUUGAUGAUUAAGGUACUUCAGGCUUAGGUUCUGCUUUAGUAAAUUGCACUAAUCUCUCAAAUUUGACAAUUGAUCUUAGUUACAAUAAAAUACUUGCAAGAGGUGCAUCAGACUUAGGUUCUGCUAUAGCAAAUUGCAUUAAACUCUCAAAUUUAACAUUUGUUCUUUCGGGAAAUGAAAUUGGUCCAAGUGGUGCAAAAGGCUUAGUUUCUUCUUUAGCAAAUUGCAUUAAUCUAUCAAAUUUAUUACUCGAUCUUAGUUACAGUGAAAUUGGUGCAAGUGGUGCAUAAGACUUAGGUUCUGCUUUAGCAAAUUGCACUAAUCUCUCAAAUUUGACACUUAGACUUUUUGGAAAUUAAAUUUGUGAUUAAACUAUUUCAGGCUUAGGCUCUGCUUUAACAAAUUGCACUAAUCUCUCAAAUUUGACACUUUACCUUGGUGACAAUAAAAUUGGUGCAAAAGGUGCAUCAGACUUAGGUUCUGCUUUAGCAAAUUGCACUAAUCUCUCAAAUUUGACACUUUACCUUGGUGGAAAUUCAAUUCAUAUAAAUGGUGCAUCAGGCUUAGGUCGUGGUUUAGCAAAUUGCAAAAAUCUCUCAUAUUUGUAACUUAAUCUUAGUCAAACUUAAAUUGGUGUAAGUGGUCCAUAAUGCUUAUUUUAUGCUAUAAAAAAAUGCACUAAACUCUCAAAUUUGACAUUUACAUUUUGUUGUGAUGAAAUUUGUCAUUAAGGUGGUUAAUUUAUUUUAUUCUUCUUCUCUGCUUUAGCAGAUUGCACUAAUCUCUCAAACUUGACACUAUAUCUUAAGUAAAAACAGUUUAUUUGUUUUGGAUUAUGA